AUUUUAUUGAUCUUAUCAUGUUGUAUGUCUCUUCGGUCUCUUACUCUUUUCUUUUUAAUGGUUCGCAGUUUGGAAUUAUUUCCCCAUCCCGGGGUCUUCGGCAAGGAGUUAUGAUCUCGAUGAUUCAGACGGCGGUUUCUCGUGGCCAACUUCAUGGAGUCCGUAUUGCACCACAGGCGCCUGGCAUCACUAAUCUUUGCUUCGCCGAUGAUACCCUUCUAUUCUGUCGCGCCGAACCAGGAGAUGCGUACACCGUAAAAAAUAUUUUAGACCUAUACGCUCGCAUCUCAGGACAAGAAAUCAACUUGGCCAAAACGAAUAUGUGCUACAGCCCUCAUACUUGCGAAACUACCAAAGGUCAUACCAGGGAAAUUUUAGGCUUCAAGGAAUUGGAGAGACAUGAUACAUACUUGGUGAUGCCGGCAUCACUAGGAAAAUCUCGUAAGGAGAUAUUCCAAUUUCUUCGGGAUAGAUUAUGGGGUCGCCUCAAGGGUUGGGGCGCUCGACAACUUUCAAAGGCGGGAAAAGAAAUCAUGAUCAAGUCGGUUUUACAAGCAAUUCCCUCUUAUAUUAUGAGUUGCUUUGUAUUACCUGAAGGAUUAAUUCGGAACUUGGAGUCGUUGAUUAGGCAGUUUUGGUGGGGAAGGGCUGGAUCGAAGGGAAUGAACUAGGUAUCUUGGCAGAGACUUUGCAAGC